AUGGCAGCCAAGAUGUCGGACUCGUUACUUCUACAGCAAAUUAGCGAUGAACACCUAACUUGUCCAAUAUGCAUGGAGCGAUUUAAAGACGCCAGGGUUCUGCCGUGCCAGCAUCACUUUUGUUUCAACUGCCUGGUUCAAGUCAGUGGCGGCGAUAGGACGUUGAAGUGCCCAACAUGCCGGAAAUUGCACCUGUUACCGUCGUCUUCCGGGAUUGCCAGUCUUCCCAAGAAUUAUCAGAUGAACGGAUUGGCAGAACUGUUAGAAAACAGAGAGCACGGAAACGUUACGAACGAAGACACCCUUUCUUGUGAUGCGUGUGAAGAAACAAUUGCGGGAAAUCGGUGUGUAGAAUGUUCAUCGUUCCUUUGUCACCCUUGCUCUAAUACUCACAGAAAAGUCAAACUGACGGAAACUCAUAUGCAGAUGACUUUAGAUGAGUAUAUGUUGGCGAUCAUUGGCAAUGGAACAGUAGCGCUCGAAACGUGCAAACAUCACAUCGGCGCCCCGUCAAGUUUCCAUUGCAACACUUGUGGGAUCGCCGUCUGUGUUAAAUGCGUUGUUAUGCGCCAUGGACACCCUCCGCAUCAAUGCUUCCCGUUACAGAAAACUACUGAUUAUUUAUCAACUAAAAUUCGGUCAACUGAAAGCACAUUGUUGGAUCGAUUGCACGAUAUCAGCGAUAAGAAAUCUAAUGUAGAAGUCCUGACCAAGAAGGUAGCUUCUGUGUACGACUCUCAGAAGAACCAGAUAGCCCUGGAUCUGGAGAAGAAGAAGACGCUGAUCCGUGAGACGAUGAAUGAAAUAAUUCAUCACUUGGAGAAAGAUGCGGAGGCGAAGGCGAAAUACCUGGAUGCCGAGCACCAGGAGACGUGUGACGUCAUGCAUCGAGAGCUGACGCAGAUAGAAUUGGCGGAGGAAGGCAUCAUACAGAAUCUGUCGAUGGCAAGAGAGUUGAGCGAGAAAGUGAAAAAUUACAGACACGUUUCUGUCGAAGAAUCAUUUACCACCAUUGACAAAGUCGUCGCAUGUGAGACAAAGUUUAGAUCAGAAAGAGAAAGUGAAGCCACUAACAACAACCCGAUUGUUGGCCACAGCGUGAGAGAAACAUCACAACGGACUGAGUCCUCGCCCACUUUCACUUUAACUAAAGAUUUGCUUCUUCCAGGAAAGACACUGAGGUAUUCAGGAUUUAUGUCAGACGGAACUGUACAACAUACUAUGCAGCAAGUCAAAACUAAACAGUACAGUCUGGGACGGUUUCAUCCACGUAGCAUUUUGUCGCUGUCCAAUCCGCCGCCCAAGGAAUCAUGUGUACUUCAGUAA